UUUAAAAGCCCAGGGACGAACGCUGGAAGGUAUUAGGAGACGCUGGCAACCGAAAGGCCAGGACACAAAGGCAGUACCUUCUCUGGCUAUAAAUACCUGGGAGGUUUCGGCUGCAGGUAUCAGUUUCCCAGCAGAGAGCUCAACAUGAAGUUUGUCAUCCUCGCCGCCCUUGCCGCUAUGGCUGCCGCUGCUCCCCAGCAGUACGGAGUGGACUCCAGGGAGGUGGUUCCCAUCCUGAGGGACGAACGAGUCCAGGAGGACGACGGCCGCUACAACUUCGACGUCGAGACCGGAAACGGAAUCGUCAUCUCCCAGUCCGGGUCUCCUGUGUCGGAGGGCGCCAUCGCCAGCGCUGGCCAGUUCUCGUACACCGCCCCCGACGGAACUCCCGUCGUCUUGAAAUUCGUCGCCGACGAGAACGGCUUCCAGCCCCAGUCCGACCUCCUGCCAGUGGCUCCCGAUUUCCCCCACCCAAUCCCCCAGUUCGUCCUCGACCAGAUCGCCACGGCCGAGGCCCAGAGAGCCGCCAUCGCUCGCGGCGAGGAAGUCGUCUACCAGAAAUAAUUCGCUCAACUCAACUGAUAUGAGACUUCGACUCCAUUCAGGGACCGCCGAUUUUUUUUCGCAUCUGAACCUGACCGAUUAUUUCGAUUAUGUACCGGUGCGAGUAUCGAUUAUACACUCGCUAUUUAUACAAAGGAUUAUUUAUGUCCAAUGAAAUGUUGGAAUGAA